AUGCCUCAGGUUUACACCCGGGAUCGCCGAGGGGCGCCAAUCCCGGACCGCUUCGUGGUCAAGGACGUUCAUCGAGUGUUGAACGACCAGGCAACUUCAGAAUAUUGCGACACGCGGGAGAAGAUCCGCAGCAAGUUAAAUGGAGAGAAGCCAUCGCUGCCAGAUGGAUCCCACACGGUGAAUGUUCUUCAAAAGGGUGGGCUCGGAGCGCUUCCCCCCUUGGAUUCAGAAGUGAAUGAGCAUUGGCUCUUCCAUGGGACGACUGCCGAAGCUGCAACUGGCAUUGCAGAGAACGAUUUCCGCAGCGACCUAAGUCAGGUCUGCUCUUCGCCCUACUUAGGGGCUCAUGGGACUUGGUCCGCAAGUGCGCGAACUUGUAGAAACUACUUAAAGGUUCAUGGGUAG